AUGCACUACAUCCGGCUGCUGCGCCCGGCCAAGUUCGUCGCGUCGCCGUCGCCGUCCCUCUCGCUCCUGCUCACCAUCACCACCGACCUCGGCGACUCGUUCCUGCGCCCGCCGCGGCCCGUCGAGCUGGUCGUCUCGGUCGACGGCCAGCCGCGCGGGCGCGAGGAGCCGGGGGGACCCAGUGCGGAUGCCGGAGAGGAGGCGACGCCGCUGCCGCCGCCGCCGCCGCCGUUCCUGAAGCCGCUCCGCCCGCCCCGCUGGUCCGCCGGCAUGCGCGUCCUCGAGGUCCACCUGCCGCUGGCGCCGCGCGCCCGGCCCGAGGACGUCACGUGCAGGCUCUGCAUCCGUGCCGUCGACCCGCCGGCGCCGCUCGGGCCCGACGCCGUGCUCGCGGGCCGCGGGGGGUCGUUGAUCGUGCCGGUCGGCGUCGAUGUGACGCGCGGGGCGUGCGCGGCGGUUUCCAUGCGCACGCUGCGGCUGCGCGGCGGCGGCGGCGACGCCCUCGACCUCGGCUUCGGGGAGGACGUCGGCGAGAGCAUCGCGCGCCACGUGUGGGACGCGGGCGUCGUGGCGGCGUGCCUGGUGGCGGAGGGCGUGCGCGAAGCGGAGGGGGCCGCCGGGCCGGGGCGGGAGGCGGCCGUCGGCGACGUACUGCGGCCCUUCCUGGCGCGGCCGAGCCUGCACGUCCUCGAGCUCGGCGCCGGCGUCGGCAUCCUCGGGAUCAGCCUCGCGGCCGCCCUCGCGACCAGCGUCCGCUCGUCUCCCGCCGCGGCAACGGUGCUGCUGACGGACCUGCCUGAGGCCGAGGAGCGCGCGCGCGCGAACAUGGCCGCCGCCGAGACCGCGCUGGCCCGCUGGCGCCGGCAAGCGCGAGACGCGCCGGGCCGGCGCGAGGUCGCGCUGCGCUACGAAAACCUCGACUGGGACGCGGCGCGGCACGGCGCGCUCGGGCCGGCCGCCGCCGCCGCGCGCCCCUGGGACCUCGUCGUCCUCAGCGACUGCACGUACAACGCGGACUCGCUGCCGGCGCUCGUCGGGGCGCUCGGAGCGCUGCACGCGAGGGCGGACGGGGGCGCGAGGGCGCCGUCCGUCCUGCUCGCCACCAAGCCGCGCCACGCGUCCGAGCGCGCCCUCUUCGGGCUGCUCGAGGACGCCGCGUGGCGGUACCGCGUCGUGCGGUCGGUUCCGCUCCCGAAACCCGACGGAGAAGGGCAAGAUGAGCGGGUGGAUGUGUAUCUACUGGAGAAGGGGGUGGCUUCACCCUAG